AUGACAGGCAUAAUCAACAAUGUCGCCGCCAAGGACAUCUCCUAUUACACACCAGCACAAGAGCCUCCGGCAGGCACGCAAUUAGAGGGGUCAACCAAGUUGUUCACCCCUCUCACCAUCCGUGGUGUGACGCUUCCAAACCGUCUAUUCCUUGCUCCCUUAUGCCAGUACUCUGCCAACUACAACGAUGGCAAAGUCACCGAUUGGCACCUGGCACACCUAGGCGGAAUUCUCCAGCGCGGACCAGGGCUGGCAAUUAUGGAAUCCACCGCCGUGCAGAAACUGGGCCGUAUCACGCCUCAAGAUCUCGGUCUCUACGACGAUGAUCAGAUCGAGCCUUUGAAGCGGAUCACCGAGUUUGCCCACAGUCAGAGUCAAAAGAUCGCUAUUCAGUUAGCUCAUGCCGGUCGAAAGGCUAGUGCCGUUGCGCCCUGGUUGAGUGCCAACGCUAUGGCUGCCUUGGAAGUUGGCGGAUGGGAUGAGCUUGUUGCGCCGUCGGCAAUCCCCUUCGAGGAAGGAAUCAACACCGUUCCCAAGGCCCUUACGCUAGAAGAUAUUGAGAUCUUGGUCAAAGACUUCGCGGAGGCUGCGAAAAGGGCUGUCAAGGCCAACUUUGAUGCGAUUGAGAUUCACGCGGCUCACGGAUAUCUAUUGCACCAGUUUCUGAGCCCUGUUAGCAACAAAAGAACGGAUCGUUAUGGAGGUAGUUUCGAGAACAGGAUCAGACUACUGCUGGAAGUGUCCGAGGCAAUUCGUGCCAGCAUCCCAGAAACAAUGCCUCUAUUGAUCCGGAUUAGUGCUACUGAUUGGUUUGAGUUCAGCGACGAUGAUGAGCUGAAGAAAGAUUUUCCUGAGAGCUGGACAGUUGCUCAAUCGGUGCAGCUUGCUCCUCUCUUGGCUGAGCGUGGUGUUGACUUGGUUGAUGUCAGCUCAGGUGGCAUCCAUCCCAAGUCUGCGAUUGCUAUCAAACCGGGGCCCGCGUACCAAGUGCACUUGGCACAAGAAGUCAAGAAAGCUGUUGGUGACAAACUGUUAGUAACGGCUGUUGGUGGGAUCAAAACGGGCCUUUUGGCUGAGGAGGUGGUGCAAUCUGGUAUUGAUGCAGUGCAGGCUGGACGGUGGUUCCAACAGAACCCUGGCUUGGUUCGUGCUUUUGCUAAUGAGCUAGGGGUGAAGGUGAGGAUGGCUACACAAAUCGACUGGAGCUUCGAAGGGCGUGGAAAGAGGACAAACAAGAGCUCGUGA